AGAAUCAAAGCGGCGCAUCUUAAGGAAGGUGGGGUUCUUGUGGAAGAGGGAAGGCAGGCGACUGGAUAGGGUCUGGCUCGGGAGGCCGGCAGAGCAGCAGCUGCAGAAGCAGGCAGCGGCAGAGAGGGCAUGGUGUCGGGAGGCGCCGAGAAGGAGGCGCAGUCCGUCCCUCCCAGGGUUAGUGAAUGAGGCUCUCCGCCCGGGCUAGCCCGGGGACUGUGCGCUGCGGGUCCCAGCAUGAGUGCGGGCCCCGGCUGUGAGCCCUGCACUAAGCGACCCCGCUGGGGCGCCGCUGCAACUUCUCCGCCGGCCGCCUCGGACGCCCGGAGCUUCCCCGGCAGGCGGAGGCGCGUCCUCGAUCCCAAGGACGCUCCGGUGCAGUUCAGGGUCCCGCCGUCCUCGUCAGGCUGCGUCCCGGGGCGGGCGGGACCGCACAGAGGCAGCGCCACCUCGCUUGUUUUCAAACAGAAGACUAUUACCAGUUGGAUGGACACGAAAGGACUCAAGACAGCUGAAUCAGAAAGUUUGCAUAGUAAAGAAAACAACAACACAAGAGAAGAAUCCGUGAUGAGUUCUGUACAGAAAGAUAACUUUUAUCAACAUAACAUGGAAAAAUUAGAAAAUGUUUCUCAGCUAGGUUUUGAUAAAUCACCAGUUGAAAAAAGUACACAAUAUUUGAACCAGCAUCAGACUGCAGCUAUCUGUAAGUGGCAAAAGGAAGGGAAACAUUCAGAGCGGCUUUUGGAAAGUGAACCUCCAAUAGUAACUCUGGUACCAGAGCAGUUCAGUAAUGCUAACAUUGAUCAGUCACCCCAAAAUGAUGAUCACAGCGACACAAAUCGUGAGGAGAGUAGAGAUAAUCAACAAUUUUUGACACCUAUAAAGCUUGCGAAUGCAAAACAGACAACAGAAGAUGAACAGGGUGUAGAAGCCAGAAGCCACCAGAAGUGCAGCAAAGCUUGCCAUCCCGCCGAAGACUGUGCAGGGUGUCAGCAGGAAGAGACAGACGUGGUGCCAGAGAGCCCCUUGUCAGAUAUCGGCUCUGAGGAUGUUGGUACUGGACUGAAAAAUGCCAACAAAUUGAGUAGACAAGAAAGUAGCCUAGGAAAUUCUCCUGCAUUUGAGAAAGAAAGUGAACCCGAGUCACCAAUGGAUGUAGAUAAUUCCAAAAAUAGUUGUCAGGACUCAGAAGCAGAUGAAGAGACAAGUCCAGGUUUUGAUGAACAGGAAGAUAGUUCCACCCAAACAGCAAAUAAACCUUCAAGGUUCCAAGUAAGAGAAGCUGACACUGAAUUGAGGAAACGGUCCUCUGCUAAGGGCGGUGAGAUUCGAUUACAUUUCCAAUUUGAAGGAGAGAGUCGCGCUGGAAUGAAUGAUUUAAAUGUCAAACUACCUGGAAGUACUUCUAGCCUGAAUGUAGAGUGCAGAAAUUCUAAGCAACAUGGGAAAAAGGAUUCUAAAAUCACGGAUCAUUUCAUGAGAAUGCCGAAAGCAGAGGACAAAAGAAAAGAACAAUGUGAAAUCAAACAUCAAAGAACAGAAAGGAAGAUCCCUAAAUACAUUCCACCUCACCUUUCUCCAGAUAAGAAAUGGCUUGGAACUCCUCUUGAGGAGAUGAGAAGAAUGCCAAGGUGUGGGAUCCGGCUGCCUCCGUUGAGACCAUCUGCCAAUCACACAGUGACUAUUCGGGUAGAUCUUUUGCGAGCAGGAGAAGUUCCUAAACCUUUCCCAACACAUUUUAAAGAUUUGUGGGACAACAAGCAUGUUAAGAUGCCUUGUUCAGAACAAAACUUGUACCCGGUGGAAGAUGAGAAUGGUGAGCGAACUGCAGGGAGCCGGUGGGAGCUCAUUCAGACUGCACUUCUCAACAAAUUCAGUCGACCCCAAAACCUGAAGGAUGCUAUUCUGAAAUACAAUGUGGCAUAUUCUAAGAAAUGGGACUUUACAGCUUUGGUUGAUUUCUGGGAUAAGGUACUAGAAGAAGCAGAAGCUCAACACUUAUAUCAGUCCAUUUUGCCUGAUAUGGUGAAAAUUGCACUCUGUCUGCCAAAUAUUUGCACCCAGCCAAUACCGCUCCUGAAACAGAAGAUGAAUCAUUCCAUCACAAUGUCACAGGAACAGAUUGCUAGUCUUUUAGCUAAUGCUUUCUUCUGCACGUUUCCACGGCGCAAUGCUAAGAUGAAAUCGGAGUAUUCUAGUUAUCCAGAUAUUAACUUCAAUCGAUUGUUUGAAGGACGUUCAUCAAGGAAACCAGAGAAGCUUAAAACACUCUUCUGCUACUUUAGAAGAGUCACAGAGAAAAAACCUACUGGGUUGGUGACAUUUACAAGACAGAGUCUUGAAGAUUUUCCAGAGUGGGAAAGAUGUGAAAAACUCCUGACUCGAUUGCAUGUCACUUACGAAGGUACCAUAGAAGGAAAUGGUCAAGGCAUGCUACAGGUGGAUUUUGCAAACCGUUUUGUUGGAGGUGGUGUAACCAGUGCAGGACUUGUGCAAGAAGAAAUCCGCUUUUUAAUCAACCCUGAGUUGAUUGUUUCACGGCUCUUCACUGAGGUGCUGGAUCACAAUGAAUGUCUUAUCAUCACAGGUACUGAACAGUACAGUGAAUACACAGGCUAUGCCGAAACAUACCGUUGGGCCCGGAGCCAUGAAGAUAGGAGUGAAAGGGACGACUGGCAGCGGCGCGGCACUGAAAUCGUUGCCAUCGAUGCCCUUCACUUCAGACGCUACCUCGACCAGUUUGUGCCUGAGAAAAUCAGACGCGAGCUUAACAAGGCUUACUGUGGAUUUCUUCGUCCUGGAGUUUCUUCAGAGAAUCUUUCUGCAGUGGCCACAGGAAACUGGGGCUGUGGUGCCUUUGGUGGCGAUGCUAGAUUAAAAGCCUUAAUACAGAUACUGGCAGCUGCUGUAGCUGAGCGCGAUGUGGUUUAUUUCACCUUUGGGGACUCAGAAUUGAUGAGAGACAUUUACAGCAUGCACACGUUCCUUACUGAAAGGAAACUGACUGUUGGAGAAGUAUAUAAGCUGUUGCUACGAUAUUACAAUGAAGAAUGUAGAAACUGUUCCACCCCUGGACCAGACAUCAAGCUUUAUCCAUUCAUAUACCAUGCUGUUGAGUCUUGUGUGGAGACCACCAACCAGCCAGGACAAAGGACUGGGGCCUGAGGAUCCAAGUGAAUAGAACCUCCUUCCACCUCUCAUGAGAAACAUCCUUUCUGAAUUGUCAGGUGUAACAUAUGAACUGACUUAAUAUAAAUGUGUAUAUAAUCCACAUUUGUAGGCAAGGAUGCAGUCCCUUCCACAAACAUAGACAUAUUUUGUUUCCAUUUUUUUCUAUUUCAGUCUUCAUUCUUUGAUUUUUCUUUCUUUUGCCCAUCAGAUUUCUUGUGAAAUUUCAUGAAAGUUUGUGCUCAGCCUGUCAGGUCUCUUUUUUGAUGCCUGUAUAUUAUACAAAUUGCCUCUGCAGCUAGCAGAUGCCAGGGAAGAAGGUGAAAUCCUAGAAUCUGUUUAACUAACUGGGUCUGCUAAAGAUCUCCCUGUGAGCCUUUCACCCCCUAAUCUUGUUAUGAUUGCAUUGUUGGAGUUUUUGAUUUUUGAAAAUUAAGAGUUGGGGGUUUUUUUCAUACAUGUUACAUAAUGCAGGUCCCCUAGGUUAAAAGUUUUGUAUUUAAGGCAGAAUAAUUUCCAGAAAGUUAUUUAGCGACAUCACCUUUGUCUGUAAUGGUUUGUCUGUCCUUUUUCCCCGAUCAAUUUUUAUUGAUACUGUUUUUGGAAACUGACCGAAAUGGAAGGAAAUGUAGAAUAAAAGAGAGUUUCCCAAAUGGUGUUUAAAAAACAAACAGAUUCAAGAGCCUUGAAGGAUCUUUUGUUUCUUGGGUUGUUUUUUUUUUUUUCUUUCUUUUUGAAUUAGGAUUAUUGUUUGUUCCUUGGUGCUUGAGGCAUAUUCAUAUAACCAAAGGUUAGAAACUGGGAACUUCAUGGUGAUCUGUACAUAGUGAAGUUUCUCUGGUACUCAAAGGUUAUAUAGUUAGUUAAUAAAUUUUCAUUAACAAAUCAUUUGUCAAACUCCCAUAUCAUCUAUAUUUCAUAUAUAUAAAAAAAAUAUGUUCUUUAAGUGUGUCUACAGGCAAGCACAUAAAAUCUAAAUAAAACUGGAAUUGUGGAAAUGAUUAGGUUUAGGCUUUAUUAGGGGCUCUGUUUAAAAUCCUUUAUUUACAAUUGUGUCCAUUUAAAAUGGGCAACAAACAUAAAUAAUAGUGUCUCUCAGAAGUUAAAGCCAAUGUCAAGUCUGUGUUAACUGAGAGUAGAGUUUAAUCACAAAAGCACUUAUUUAUAUUUCUAAAGUAAUUCUAAACCAUACUGUUGAAGUUCUAGUUUAUAGUCAACUGUCAGGGAAAGCUAUUGGUGGUCAAAUCCUAUUAAUAAGGAGUUUAAGUAGAUGGUCCAAACACCUGGUAUCAAUAUUGGCAGGGAAAAAAUGGGGCCUUGGCCAGCAUCUGUAACUCUUUUUGUUUAUAUAGAGAUUGAGAGGUUAGUGGAAUUUGGCACCUGAAGGCAGCCACUUGUCACUGAUGAAGUUUUUUAAGAUUCUUCAUCAUCUCUGAGUCCAAGGUGUCUGGCUUUAUUUCUACUGGUACUAAAGUCUUCUCUUUCCUUUCCAACCCAUUCCAUGCUUUGGUUAAGCAUUCAUGGUAUAUUUCAUUUCUUUUUAUCUCUCUCUAUAUUCUUUCCCUCUUAUCUAGCCCUAAGACUAAGUAAACAGUUCUUUAAAAUGUUGCAUGAACAGUUUAGGAGGUUCAUGUGGUAGAGAAAUCAUUGAGUCCAGGUAAGAAGACCCCCUCCAGCCUAAUAUUACAGAAUAUAGAAUCUAAGACUCAGCUCUUAGUACUGAACAGGUUGGUGACCAGGCCAUCUUCCUGACUGCCUUUCUUCUGUUGAGGGGUUUUCAAGAAUAAAAACCUGCCUACUUCUUUGUCCCAGUACGUUCGUGAAUUGGGACGGUUUAAUCAUGUGGAAUGCAUAGAGAGAACUAAUGUCCGUUUUUUGAGGUGGGGAGGGUGGUGGAGAGAACAUGAUUACUUUGUUCCUAAAGGCCCUCUGUAAAAAGAGGGACAAAAUCAGACAUCGAACUAACAUUUGUAUCUAUUUUAAGACAUUUAACAGCACCUUUUUGUUCUCUUUCAUUUACGGUUUCUUUUAUUACAUGUUGUUUACCCUUCCCUUCUUUAAUCUACUGAGGCAUGAAAGGAUAUUUUCAGUUUAGAAUUCUUAGGUUUUUAAUAUAACUCACUUGCUUUUCACUUUCUAUCUAGCUCACUCAAAUGUACAAUAACAGUUUAAGGAAACAAUGUGGAGUAAUGGAAAGGGCAUGAGAUUUAAAAUCAGACCAGCUGGGUUCAAAUGCUAACUGUAUCCCCAGCUAACAUUUUAACCUUCUUUGGAUAAACUGAAUUGCUGAACCUUACUUAACUCAUUUAGAAAAUGGGUUAUUAGCACCUACCAAGAAAUACUGUAUAUAAAGCAAUGAACAUAGGGUCUGGCACUUAGUUGGUCCUUAAUAAAUGCCAACUAUUUUAGUUGACCAGAAACAUGUAUGUGGCACCUACUGUAUAUUAGGGACUGUGCUCAUUGCUUUAUAUAUUUUAGCCCGUUUUACCCAUCUGGGCUAACAGAUGCCCAGACGUUAGGGAAUACCAUCUCAACUUCCAGGAGUUCAUUAUGAAAGGAGACUUACUUUGUAAUCUGAUAGAGCAAAGGUUCUGACACUCUUGUUCUCUACCAAGUUCGUAGUACAGCUUAUUCUUCAUCAUGAAUAACUAGUUAUCACUGGGGUAUAUUAAAUGGUCUCUGAGAGACUUACCUCUUUUCUUCCUGGUUGAAGUGACACUAAAGGCAAGCAGAUAGGUAUUUGAAAGCGAGAUUGAAAAGAAGAUCUAACCAAGCUACAGGAUUGCUAUGUCAGGUACUUAACCAAUAAUAUAUUGCUUUGGAAACCAAGCGUUAAGUUGCCCCACUCCAAGAAUAUGACGGAACAAAGAAUUCACUGCAUUAUAUUCUUUAACACUUCAACAGGAAGAGAAGCAAUUGCAUAGAUUGUCACCUGUUUUCUUCUGUCUUCUCCAAUCCAUGUGGCUGCAUAUUCAUGGCUUUUUUCUGAUGUAAGGAAGAAGUGCAUCCUAGGAUGUCUGCUUUAAAGACAAACAAAGGUUAAGAAGGUGUGUCCUUCCUCCUCUCAACCCUGUGGAUCUGCCCCAGUCCUUUUUCUGGAGGGAAGGGAAAGACCAGCCAUUCCUGGAACUUGAGCUCAGAAUAUUUAAUCCUGUCCUUUGGGGGCUGGAAGUGGGUCCUAAUUUGAUACUUAUUAGAACAAACUGCCAGAAUCCACUGACCCACUGCUGUUCUCUGUGCUCACUGGAGUCCCCUUAGUCCCUCCUCACCGGAGUCACACGGAUCUACUGAGCCUUUAGAGUGGAAGGUUUCCCAAAGAAGACGACCAAAACUGACCAAAACUGUUCAUCUGGUAACUGGUUUUAUUUUUCCUGACUGUUUAUUUUAAAUGUAGGGCUAACAGGUCAUGAUGAUUUUGAACCUGGGGAUAAGGAGAGAUCUGUGCUAAUGUUUACAUGAUUUUUCUAGGAAGAGAAUAAAGAAAUUUUGAUCCCCUUGGUACCACCUAA